GUGGACUGGCGGGUGAAUUGUGCGGCGCUGGGGCAAUUGGUUUGUUGGUGCCCCAAUUGAUGACAACGGAAGCAACCCCCUUUUGCUUGGAGGUAGGUGCGCUCCUCGGGGGUGAGUUUCUUGAGGCGGGAGGGUGGGGUAGAUGAGGGUGGUCGAGAGCUGCAACCUCUGUGUUCCAUCCUCAUGAAUUGGACGACAUUGAGCUCCUCGGAAGAGAGGGAUGAAGAAUCGAGUGAAUCGGAAGAUGCGUCGGGGUCCGGUGUAGUGAACUCGUCCGAGGAGGUGGUGGAGGUGGUGUCCUCGAAGGCAAUGUUGUGGAAGAAGCGAGGGCGGGAAGGGGCCGAUUUGGGGAUAGUUGAGGUGAUAGUGGAGGUGGAUAAGAGGGGUUUUGAUUGGGGGGGGAUGGUUGAUGACUGUGUGACGGCGGGGGUUGUCGCCUUGGGCGAGAGGGGAGGUGGAGUGGCCACGGUGGAGGUAGUGGUGGAUGAAGAUGGCGGUGAUGUUGAUGUGGAGGUUGAAGCAGAGGCUUGCCCGGAGGAGGGGGUGGUUUGGGGUGUGGAGGAGGGGGGUGUCGUCGUGGUGACAACCAUGAUGGUGGGGGUGUUUCCCUCGAGCGUGGUGACGUGGUCGCAUAUGGCCGACAUGUUGGCCUUUAUGUCGUCGAGAGAGGCGGUGACGGAGGUUCGGAGGGUGUUGAGUGCGUGGAGGAUGGCGGAGAGGUCGGGGGUGGCGGUGUUUGCUGGUGGUUGUUCGCCUGCGAGGUUGCGGGCGAUGCUAUCGAUCGAGUCGGUGCGGAUGUCGGACAUGUUGAUGGAGGAUGCGGUCAUGUCGGGGGAAGAGGGGGUGGAGGAUGCGGCCGAAACAGAUGUGGAGGAUGCCGCAGCAGUGGUGGCAGCAGCAGCGGCGGCGGCGGCGGCGGCGGCACGUUGGGAGUUCUUGGUUUGGCGUGGUGGCAUGUGGAGGUGGGGGGGGCAACUCCUAUUUGCAAGAAUAGAGCGUAAAUUAAUUUGAAUUUAUUCGAAAAUGAUUCGCGAGUGUAUUUUUCAAGAAAAUACGAAAGCAAAAUUUUCAGGAAUUUCCAAAUGAAGAAAAGGAAUAAUU